CGCCGCCUCCUUCUCCCUCUACAUCGCCCCCUCGUCCACCAACCGCAUCGCCGCCUCCAUCCCCGAUCCCAUCUCACCGGUCCUCCCCCCACCGCCUCGUCGGCCAAGAACGGCCGAAGGCUCUUCUACAAAUCCAAGAGAUAUCAUUCUAGUACCUACUGCAACAGACAGAAAUAUUUGCCCACUCCACAAAAGGAAGCAAAUCAGUUGGUAAUAACAUCCUGAAGCUCUGUGGGUUUUUUUUUCAAAGGUUGCAGCCAUGUCUGAUAGGGGAGAAGUAGCGCAAGAGGCACUGAAUAGGUACUUUAUUGAAAGAAAUGCCGCUCGCUUACUAUCUUUGGAAAACAUGAAGGAGCAAAGCAAAAGAUGUGUUAGGAUUUUUCCUUUUAAUACGGAACCUACCCCGAGCGAUUUUGAGAGGUUGUAUGAUCGGCGUCUUGAGUGGUACAAGUCCAUUGCGGUGUUAAAUGUCCCUGGCAGCAAGUAUGAUGGAAGUGAAGUUGAAAUCCCCGUGACAAUUGACUAUCCAGAAGAGGAUGAUGGCCGAGAAGCGGAAGACCACUCAUAUCAUAUUGUGUCUAUCACCCGUGCACAUGGCUGGAAUAAGGGCCGGCACAGACUUGAGAGAGAGAGGGCUGAGAUUGUCGUUAGACAGUCAGACAAUUACAUCGUAGCAUUCCGGGUAUUCAAAACCGAGGCCGAAAGGGCGCGCACCCCUUGGUGCGUAUUUGCUGAUGUUGAGCUACCUGCAUUCUUUGGGAAGCAAAUCAAACUUAAUUACACCACGACCCACGGCAAACUUGCGAAAGUCCGAUUUGGAGCCCAUGUGCUUGAGGAUAUAUUUCGAUUUCUUGCUGACAUGCAGUCCAAUCCACACCAGAAGAAUACAAGUGAAGGGAAGAACUACUUUGUUACCCUGUUUGUUCUUCUAGGUGAAGCACAAAGGUUUCAGUUGCUGCAAUUAUUUUUCAUGGAACAUGCUAGUAGUGUUGAGCCGCUGAAGCCUAGUCCGCACUUAUGGGCCUUGUUCAAUGAUUGGUCAACACUAUGCAAACUAGUAUUUGAACACUAUAUUGCCUAUCUAGACAAGCCUUUAGCUGAUGCCUACAGGGCAGAACAUAAGGGAGAUGAGGGCUACACGGAGGAAAAAAAUCCGUUUGCUCAGAUGAUGGCUAAGGCAGUUAAUAAACUUGGUCAGAUGUUGCGGAAGCAUGCGACUGCACUGCAUUUCGAACCUGAUAAGAGGGGACUUUACCUUGUCGGGAGGGAGCUAUUGCUUUUGAAUUGUGAUAUAACCAUGGUCCUUGACAUAUUAAUGCGUCACCGUGGGUAUGAUGGUGAAUUCUAUAUUAAGAAAAGGUCCGACGAAGCUAGUGCUCAAAUGUUAUUUGAACAAGAAAUUGCUAGGAAGGAAAGAGAAGCUGAGGAGCAAAGAAAAGCUGAGGAAAGAGAUGCUGAGGAAAGAGAAGCUGAGGAAAGAGAAGCUGAGGAAAGAGAAGCUGAGGAAGCUGAUCAGGAAAAAGGUAUAGAAGCUGAGGAGGAAACAGUUGAUGAAGAACUGGAAUUCAAGAAACAUCAGAAGAAGAUGCAGAAGAAGAAAGACAAGCAGCUAAGGAGGUUCAGUGGAGGAAGUAAGGAUGUUAUUCCUGAAGACGAGGGCGAUUGUUAUCAAGGGAAGUUAGAAAAGGCAAUCAUAGUGGAAGCCGAGGAGAGAUCCGAAGAAGGUUUCAGGAAGCAGAACAAGAAGCUGAAGAGCCGGAAAGCUACCAAGGGUACUGAAGAAGCUGAGGACAGCAAGUCCUGUGAAGAGGAACACAAGGCAUUGUCAGUACAAGCUGUGAAGAAAUCAAAAGGUGCACAUCAGAAGACCAUUAAAGCUGAGCAGAGCAAGGCAUGUGAAGAAGUUGCAAUGUCCAUAGAAGUUGCAGAGAGGAAGAAGCAGCAGGAGCACCAGCAGCAACAGCAACAGCUGAAGAGCAAUUCUUGGGAAGAGGCACAAAGGCAUCAGAAUCGUAAGAGUAAUAAGCAGAAGAAGCAACUUCAGAGAUUGUUUGAAGAUGUUGCUGUGAGUUCUGACAAAGCUGAGCAUAACAGUUCUUCUUCUGAAGAGAACGGCAAGAAGAACAAGAAGAAGAAGAAGAAAAAGAAGAAGGGGACUGAGAAGCAGAUGCAGAGGGGGAACAAACUGCUUUUUGGAUUGCAGGACUAGAGUCCCAAAUCGUUGAGGAGCCUCCCAGCACGGGCAAGAAAAUAUGAGGUAUCAUGUACAGAGCACUAAUUAUCGUGUUUUAGUAGAUGGGAGAUAGGAAUGGGGUUUGAGUGGUGUUUUUCUGACCAGUCCCUUGCAACAUGGGAGACAAGGAUGUGGUGAAAGUUGAUCUUUCUAAAUAUACACUUGUCACUUCAGGCUUUGGUUUUUGUCUGAUAAAAGGAUAAAAAGUGGCCUGGAAUGCAUGGUAGUUUCCUCCGCCCCAGUAUUUGUUCCUUAGUGGUGGAUUUGUAGAACAGGAUGCCGUGAUGGGUGACAGUAUAGAAGAUAAUUAGUUAUGACACAUUGUUAAAUGGUUGUUGAAUCUACAAAAUAUAUUAAAAUGCACUUGAUUCUUCCAGAAAAAUAUGCUCCUCCAACUGAAUUGCUUGAUCUGCAACCACUACCUGUUACUGCAUUGAGGAAUGCACGAUAUGAAGGUCUUUAUAGUGCUUUUAAACAUUUCAACCCCAUCCAGACUCAAGUGUUCACUGUCCUGUAUAACAGUGAUGACAGCGUGUUGGUUGCUGCGCCAACAGGCAGUGGCAAUGCGCAGAAUUUGCUAUACUAAGGAACCAUCAGAAGGCAGUAUCUGGGGAAACUAACAUGCGGGUUGUGUAUAUAGCUCCUAUUGAGGCUCUUGCGAAAGAAAGAUUCAGGGACUGGUCAAAGAAAUUUGGAGAAUUUGCCCAUGUAGUGGAGCUAACUGGUGAAACUGCAGCUGAUUUGAAGCUUCUUGACAAAGGGGAGAUCAUUAUUAGUACUCCUGAAAAGUGGGAUGCACUUUCUCGACGUUGGAAGCAGCGAAAGCACAUCCAACAAGUCAGCUUAUUUAUUGUUGACGAGCUUCAUCUAAUUGAUCUGAAAAGGGGCAUGUCCUGGAAGUCGUUGUUUCUCGGAUGAGGCGUAUUUCAAGCCAUAUUGGCAGUAACAUUAGGAUUGUGGCGCUUUCAGCAUCACUUGGAAAUGCUAAAGAUCUUGCAGGAUGGAUUGGUGCCACCUCUCAUGGUCUUUUCAACUUCCCUCCAGCAGUGCGACCAGUUCCAUUAGAAAUACACGUUCAGGGUGUGGAUAUAGCAAAUUUUGAGGCAAGAAUGCAAGCAAUGGCAAAGCCUACAUACACUGCUAUCACACAGCAUGCAAAGAGUGGUAAGCCUGCCUGGUGUUUGUACCGACAUGUAAGCAUGCAAGGUUGACUGCAUUGGACCUGUGUGCAUACUCAAGUGCUGAGGCUGGUGGAACGCCAUUGCUUCUUGGGUCGACAGAUGAGAUGGAUACUUUUAUUGGAGGUGUUAAUGAAGAAACACUUCAAAAUGCACUGAGAUGUGGUGUGGGCUACUUGCAUGAGGGCCUUAGUGACCUUGACCAGGAACUUGUAACCCAGCUCUUCCUUGGUGGGAGGAUCCAAGUGUGUGUUGCGAGUAGCACAAUGUGCUGGGGGAGAUCGUUGCCUGCUCAUCUAGUUGUUGUGAUGGGAACCCAAUAUUAUGAUGGUAGGGAGAGUGCUCAUACCGAUUAUCCAAUCACUGAUCUGCUACAGAUGAUGGGUCACGCUAGCAGGCCUCUUCAGGAUAGCUUGGGGAAAUGUGUUAUGUUGUGCCAUGCACCUCGGAAGGAAUACUACCAGAAGUUCCUCCUUGAGGCCUUCCCUGUGGAGAGUCAUCUUCACCAUUUCUUGCAUGACCAUAUGAAUGCUGAGGUUGUUGUCGGUGUUGUAGAAAACAAGCAAGAUGCCAUGGACUAUCAUACCUGGACUUUCAUGUACCGGCGGCUGAACAAGAACCCUAACUACUACAAUCUGCAGGGUGUAAGUCACAGGUAUCUGUCAGAUCAUCUUUCUGAGCUAAUCGAGACAGUGUUGAAUGACCUAGAAUCAAGCAAGUGUGUAUCUGUAGAGGAGGAUAUGUACCUGAAGCCGUUCAACCUUGGUCUCAUUGCUGCAUACUACUACAUUAGCUACACGACUAUUGAACGGUUCAGUUCGAUGCUCACUCAGAAGACGAAGAUGAAAGGCCUCCUGGAAAUUCUAGCUUCUGCAUCAAAGUACGCAGAGCUUCCAACUCGCCCAGGUGAAGAAGAAUACAUUGAGAGGCUAGUUCGUCACCAGAGAUUUUCUAUUGACAAGCCCAAGUAUGGUGAUCCACAUGUGAAGGCCAACGCUCUACUGCAAUCCCACUUUGCAAGGCACACGGUGGUAGGGAACCUGGCAGCUGACCAGCGGGAGAUCCUCCUUCUGCCCAUAGACUGCUCCAGGCAAUGGUUGAUGUUAUCUCCAGCAGUGGAUGGCUCACUCUUGCUCUGAAUGCAAUGGAGUUGAGUCAAAUGGUUACCUAAGGCAUGUGGGAUCGUGACUCUGUGCUGCUCCAGCUUCCACACUUCACCAAGGACCUAGCCCGGAGAUGCAUGGAAAACAAAGAGAAGCCCAUCGAGAGCAUCUUUGAUCUGGCUGAGAUCAGUGCUGAUGAGAUGCGGGAUCUGCUGCAGCUAUCAAACUCUCAGCUGCAGGACAUCGGCGAAUUCUUCAAACGGUUCCCCAACGUCGACAUGGCUUAUGAGGUCCGCGAGGGCGACGACAUCUGGGCUGGCGACAACGUAACCUUGCAGGUCACUCUGGAGCGCGACAUGUCGAACCUGCCAUCUUCUGAGGUUGGCCCGGUCCAUGCCCCGAGGUUCCUGAAGCCCAAGGAGUAAGGCUGGUGGUUGGUGGUCGGCGACACCUCUGGCUCCACCAAGCAGCUGCUGGCAAUUAAGAGGGUCGCCCUCCAGAAAGAGGGCACGUGUGAAGCUUGAGUUCACCGCUGACGCGGAGCCAGGGAGGAAGGACUACAUGAUCUACCUGAUGUCCGACUCUUACCUGGGCUUCGACCAGGAGUACGAGUUCACCGUUGACGUGAAGGAUGUUGGAGCAGAUUGAUUCUGAAGAUAGGGAACUUUUCUUUGCAGCGUUUUGAUCUUGAUGCAGAAACUAUUUACUAUUGCCUGUGUGUAAUAACUGAAGUUUAGCUGUGUAACGGAUGUGCACGUGUGCUUGACGGACUAUGAGCUCUUCGUGCUUGUAUUUUUGUAUGCAUCUGUUUAAGACA